AUGAUAAUAAUGAAAGUGUUUGUUCUCAUUGCAUUUUUCACUUUAUCUAAUUCAAAAACUAGUCUUAUGCCCAACUUACAUUUGGGAGAAUAUCGUACAAUAUAUGAGAAAAUAUAUCCUUGUGAGUCAAAACGUUUAAUUCAAUCUAAUAUUUAUUUGAGUAAAAAUACAUUAAGUUUAACAGAGGUAAAAGGAAAUUAUACCUUUUUAGUACCUUUGGACGAUACUCUUACAGGAACAUAUUCAACAACAGGUUUGGACUUGAAGGAAUUGUCAGACCACAAUUUUCCCAAGGUGUAUUUUUACGGAAAAUAUAAAGCGACGAUUAAGAUAAAAAAUGUGGGAAAUGAAGUAAUCGGUUGUUCGGUAAUGGAGAUUAGUCUUAUACGACCUUGGGAAACUCCAACUUAAUUAAAUUUGACAAAACAAUAAUAGAAUAUGUUAUUGUCGUAAUUAUAAUAUCUUUCGUUUUUAUUUAUUCAUUAUUUGGUAGUAAAAAUUAGUUACUAGUUACUGCAAAAUGUUAUAUCAAGUUAUAUUUUACAGUCUCGCGAUAGCUGUCGUUUGAUACGCACGCGUUCUUGCACUCUCAUUAAUUAAUUAACUCUAAUUUAUUUUAUUACUGUAGAAUAGCUAUAGCUAUAUGAUACAUACGAUCAAAAUACAGUUUUUUAUGCGUGUUAAAAUAACAUAUAAAUCAGUAAAUUUUUAUUUCAUUUUUUCAAUAACUAUUAUUACUACCAACCCAACAUAUCUGGCGUUAUCGAUAUGUCAUUUCUACCUAGGCCGCUGUGGCUGCCAAGAUAAGCUUAAUUACCUGCACACGCUAUUGCU